UUUGUUAUGUAUACAGCAAUGUGUGACAUUUUUAAAACAUUCAGAAACAUAUAUUUAACAACAAAAUAUGUAAUGUAUUUUUGACACGAAGCUUCAUAAAUUUUUGAUAAUAAGGAGAAAAUCCAAUACAUAACCUUGGUAUGAAAUAGUAAAGCUAAAACCUACACUAUAAUAAAUUACAACCGUAAAUCUAACAUAUAAAACAAUUACGUUAAUGUUGUCAAACCUCAAUUAAAACCACAAUUUUUUUAAAGAUUAUAUAUAUUAUAUAUUAUAUAUAAAGAUCCGGAAAAAUAGAACCAUUUAAAACUGUAAAACCUUUGUGUUUAAAUAUGUCCUUAGACGUGUUUUUAUUUGAACAAAAUAAAUGAAAAGUGUCCUCGAAAUUGCUUAUCUCGUUUUAUCUCAAUUUUAGUCAGUACCUAACUGAAUUAAUACUCUGUUAGUACAACCGAUUUAUUACAAAUCAGCACCAUUAAACAACCAUAUCUUUAGUACCUAUUUAAAUUUAACGAUAUUAUGUUACAAUUUAUGAGUAGUACCAAAGAAUUUCUUCGAAGAAACCAAUUAUUAACUACGAUAAGAUAUUCACUUCGAACGUUUUAUCUUUAAAACUGCAACGUAAACAACUGUUACUUACUAUGUUUUUUUCAUGUGUUAAAUUGUUCUCAGACAAAACCUAAAAUAAAACCACCCAAUACAAAACUCAUAAUCUAAUCCCAAAGAGGAAGAUAACGUUGUACAGAUAAGAUGUACAAAUAGAACCUUCGUACUGUUAUUAUUCAAAAUAGUUUUUUCCCCUCAGACGAUAACAAAAGGUAGAAAGUGAAGCACGCUCCGCUAAACAGUUUUGUUGUGGUCAAACCAAUAUCGAUUUUGAACCGGCACAUUAUUAUACUUUCACCGGUUACGCUGAGCCUUCAUCGAAAAAAAUUGAAUGAUCGGAUCAUUGUCCUAAAAGUAAUUGACUAAACGAUCUUCCUAGUAUGCAUUGCACCUUAACACACUUAUGACAUUAUCGUGUGUUACUUGAAAACUGCAUAAUUAGUGUUAUCGGUACGCUAAUUAAAAAACAUUAAACAGCCUAUUCAGCGGACACUUUACGCUUCAUUUGCAUCUUUAUAUAUUAAUUUAAUGUGUCGAACCAGCAAGGUUUUCGACAUGGUUUUAUUGAUUUUGGCAGUUUUAAGGGUUGUUCGACGGAACCGUGGCGGCUGCACGAUUGAUUUUUGUCUUAAACGGUGGUGGAAUGGUCACUUCUUAAUUCGUUGAUAAAAUUGUGUCUUAAAAUUUGUUGUAAAUAGCAUUUGGUGUUGUCUAAUAACAAAAAUGUUGUACUUGCACCUUCACUCCGCUUAUAUCUUUAUAACUAAUUUGCUGUCUCGAACCAACAACUUUUGGAAUGGAAUUUAUUUUUAAUUUGGUGGUUUUAAGGGUAGUUCUGCAAAACUGUAACACCUGCACGAUUCUCUUUUGUCCUAAAACGUUAAGAAAUGUUCACUUCUUAAAACGGCGAUGAAAUUUUGUCUUCCAUUAUUUUGUAAGUAGCAUUUGGUGUUGUCUAAUAAUAGUAGAUAAUUGUUUUAUUUGCACACCAACUUUAUAAUUAAUUUACAACGUUUUGGACAUAUUUUUUCAAUUUUGAUAGUGUUAAGAAUUUGACUAAACUGUAACACCUGCAUGAUAAUUUUUCGUCUUAAAAAGUACAGAAACGUUCAGUUCUUAAUUUAACGUUGGUAUUGAGUCUUGAAUUUUUUUGCAAGUAGCAUUUGGUGUUGUUAAAAUGUGAAAAAGUUUAUUAUUUGAUAAUGAGAUUUAGCCUUAAAUUUUAUUACGUAUGAAAUAUAUAAUAUAUUCAUAAUAUUUUUACCUUGCCCAUUUAAACACAUUUAAUAUUUUAGAGACUUGUUCUAUGAAACUAUAACACCUUCACAAUUAUUUCGAGUGUUAAAUUGUGACGAAAGGUUUGGUUCAUUAUUUGCCAACGAGAUUAUGUCUUAAACCUAAUUGCAAAUAGCAUGUGGUGUUUAGUAAAUAUAGAUAAUUGAUAACAUUUUUACCUCGCAUAAUUAAACAGUUUUGAUAGUUCGGCUUGUUGUAUGAAAUUAUAACACCUGCACAAUUGUUUCGGUUGUUAAUAUGUGGUGAAAUGUAUGGUUUAUUAUUUGCCAAUGAGAUUAUGACUUAAAUCUUAUUGUAAAUAGCAUUUGGUGUCGCCUAAAAAUAUAUUUUUGCUUAAAUUUUUACCUUGCAACAUUAAAAAAGGGUUGUUCUACGAAAUUAUAACACCUGCACCACUUAUUCGAGAAGUUAAAUGUGGUGAACUAUAAGGUUCAUCUUAUGACGAUAAGAUUGUGCCUUAAAUCUUGUCACAAAUGGCAUUUGGUGCUGCUUAAAAAUAAACGAUAGAAUUAUAGUGCGUUUUAAUAGAUUUCAGACUUGUUUGUUCACUAUAUAACAUUAAAAUGCAAUUCAACCUUAAACUAUAACACUUGGCCGUUCUGUAUAAAAAAGGGCCAGUUUAUCGGAAACAUUGAUUAUAGAUUACUGUUGAAACUUGUCGGGGUCAAGGAGCCGGUUGCUCCGCAUCAAAAACAGCACUGGCCACACAUAAAACUGCACCUUUGUACUUUUCGAAAUGCUUUUAAUUGACGACGCAAUUCCGAUAAUGUCCGACCUUCCGAUGAAUUGUUUUCCACCGUCGAUAAUUCCAUGUUUUCGUAAUUCCAUAAUGACAUCGGAAUAUUAAUUUAAAAACUGCGUGACGAAACAGGAUGUUCUUUAUGCCGGUCGAAAAGCGCAUGUGAAAAAACGGAAAUCGCCGUGAAUUAUGUGGACAAGAAUCAUUACGGCGUGUUCGACAUCAGAUUUUUUGUCAUUGAACAAACCGAGUAACCUUCCAAACACUAAAAACUGAAAAAAAAUUAUGAUUAUUAAAUUACACAUCACUUAACAACGGCACAGUCGACAUAACGGUACGGAACAACUGUAAAAAAAAUGCAUGAUCAGUAAAGCUGAAUGUGGAGAUGGUUAGUGGGUGAUCGUUAAUUAUUUGGAGCGACACCCGAUGAUCGACUGAUAAUUAUUACGGCAACUGGACGGUACGCUGUACAAACAUGCCCGGGCUGUUUUGCAGUUUACAAAACAACCGAAUCGACGUUGACCUCACGCGUUAUCUCUAUAUUUAUCUACGUUGUUUGUGCACUAUUGUUACGAGGCGCACACCAAAUUAUUCCACCAUGUCUAUGUUAAGUUGCUGUUUUAUCGUACGGACACCUACAGGGUGAUUUAGUGCGGUGCGGCGUUGGCAAGUGCUCAGUUCCUGAUUUGCCAAUGAGAUUUUGUCUUAAAGUUAACUGGAAGGACCUCUUGGUGUCACCUGAAGACGGCUCAUAUAAUAUUGCCCAACGCACUACGUUAAAACAAUGGGUUUCCGAUCCUGAAAAACAACAAUUUGAUUGUACCUCAAACUCGGCUAUAAAUAACACUUGCCGUCGAUAAAACAUUAAAAAAAACAAUCAUAUCAGAAUUGUAAAGCAAUAAAUUAACCGGGCACAGCGUAAAGUUCACCACGAACGAAUAAUCCGACGGAAAAAUUGAAUCGACGUGACUUAUCGGUAGUUUUAGGUGUUUUUUUAUGUGCAUUUAAAUUAGCUGCCGUUUAUUGAAUAUGCAUUUCGUAUUGUGUUAUUAACGAUGGAAUAUUGAAUGUUAAACAUGACUAGCCGGACAAAUAAAUUUCGUUUUCGUGUGUAUUUCGUUACCUGGUCCGAUAAGAUAGGAGAUAAAAGGGCAAACAAUUGAUAAGGCCACGUUUUGAGUGUUUGCCUUGCUUUUCCGUUGGUCAAUUAUUGAAAAUUAUUAAUGCCCUUAAACGGUUAUCGAUAUUCACUUUGCAACCAUUAACUAUGCCUCCCCAACUAAUUUAAUUACCACUAAUUCAUUAAGUUUAUGCAUUAAUAAUCAGUUAAUAAUAUUAAUUUUUACCAACAUGUAGAUUACGAUCGAUUUUCAAUCCACUUUCAAUUUGAACGGACGUAUUUACCUGUAGGCGGUUCGAUAAAUUGUCCGUAAACAACCCCAUUUAAUAACGGCUAAAGCCAUUUAUUUUUAUGCAAUCGAACGGAACAAGAUGAUUCGGAAAUUGGGUCGGACAUCGGAAUAAAAAAAUAACAAUUUUUUCAUCGCAUUAAACAUUAAUCGCCCUAAUGUACCUUUAAUGAUUUCGACAUUACGGUCUGAGUCUCUAAUGAUGGAACAUUCGACGAAACACCGGCCAAAACAAACACCCGAAGUCGCUAAUUAGUCAGAUGUACGUCCAAACGAAACGCGCCACCGAAGAAACCCACUCACGUUCCAGUUUGUUGUUUAGCUCGUACGCGCGAAGAUGUACGAUUAAGCGACAGUGCCUCAUGAAUAAUGCAGUUCAACAUUACGGCCAGGGACCCAUUAGUUCCAACCCUCAUGCGCCGUUCCUCCAAUCUGAUCCGAUUUCGGCAAAUCCUUCAACGACGACUAGCAGUCUCAGACUGUACAGAAAAAAGGACAGCCAGGAUAAGCAUGUCCAGAACCAAGAUGGAGUCGUCGGCGGCUCAAACGCGACGGAGAACCAGACUCACGUCGCUCGGGUAGCUCCGCACAACCACUUCCCACCACGCACCACCGAGUACUACCGUCAAAACAACCCUUUAUCCAACGACUUCCGUCCGUUGUUUAACGAGCACCAGCCGGUAAAGUACUCAGAGAUCAGCGAGCACCAACCAACCCACCACGAUCCAAUGUCGCCGAUGAUGCAAAAGCAAAAAAAGGAAUACAUGGACAUGAUGACGCACCAGACGAAGCAGUACCCGGACUUAAACGGGCAACAGACGUACGGCCACGAGACUGUGCAUCCAACGGCGUACGCCGCCAAAGAGGCGCAGAUGCACGGCUACAAGCAAGAAUCUCAGUACUUUCAAAAGAACCAGUUCGUGGACCAGAUGAAGUACCAAAUGCCCGCGCAGAUGCGCAAAUACCCCGGCCAGGAGAACGACUUCUUUUCGCAGCUACAGAAAUUCCAUCCCAGUAUGGCCAGGUCCAUAAUGAGCGAGCACCACAUCCGCGAGACGCAGAUGAACUACCCGCCCAUGGGCCAGAACGGCAUGUACAACCAGAACCAAAGAUACUACCCGAACGCCGUGCAGAACUACCAGGCGAACGCGUACGGCAUCCAGUCGUACAACUACGGAAGUCCGCAGAACUGCAACUACAACAGGCAGGCGCAGAUGGGCAGGUUCCCGCCUACAAUGGAUAGGAGUCUGUCGCCAGCCAGGCGUACCGCUUACCCGCCCGAAAUGGUCAACUACGCUCCCCUGCAAAAGAUCUCGCCCUCGUACCACCACCAGUACACGACGCCCGAGUACGCCCAACAUUACCAGCAUAGGAGGACGAACAUGCCGCAGGAAUACUAUCAACCUCCACAGCAGUGCAGAAAUCCACAGUUCAUGCCCGCUAACAACCCAGCUGUUGAAGUACCAGAAAACAGGGUUACCCCAUCCAAUGAUUUGAAGCAAUUCAUUGAAAACUGGGCGGAGGAUGAAAAUCCUUGUGACCCCACCGUUUUGAUAGUCAGCCCUGAUGAUUUGCCCUUCAUUGAAAACAAUCAAGUGAUCAUCACGUCCCCCUUGGAAAACGGGCAGUUCGUCAUCAAAAACGUGGAAAAUCGACAGGAAGCGGAGAAACCCAAAGAUUGCAUGGUAGAAGACGCAAAGACCAGUAAAGUGGUGGUUCACUCCGACGUGGAGCUGAUUAAAGACGACACAAAGGUGGAUAAGAACUGCUCGCCGAUUAAUUUGGACCAGAUGGAAACUGAAGAAACGCCCCGCGAAACUGUAAUAUCAACAACCAAAACGGUCGAAGAAGAAAGCCCAAAGGAAAGCAAAGAUAUGCCCGUUAUUGACUUCAGCGAUGAGAAAGCGCCGAAGGAAGACGCCAUUGAACCAAAGCCGCCGGAAGUCGAGGAAAAACCUCCCCAACCUCCCGAACCCGAAAAUAAAAUUGAAGAAGAACACCCCGAGCAGGUGGAAGAGACUGUUACAAACGUUGUAGACGAGCAAAUGCCAAAGGUUGAAUCUCCAAAACCGCAACCAAAGCCGGAACCAAAGCCUCCAUCUCCGCCCCCAACUCCAGUUUUACCUGAAACAGACAAGAAACCAAAGUCCAGUAGUCGACGAAAAAGGCGGAUCUUCUCCGUCGACGACAUAAUAAAUAACAUUGGAAGGAAGAAGGAAAAGGAAUUGAAGAGGAGGAAAAGCAUACACGCCACCCAAAAAUUCCUGGAUUACGAGCGACGGAACGUCGAAACUGAAACUGUUAAAGAAAAUCUUGAGGCUUCGGAUAAAGUGCCAGAGGUGCAGGAUGUCAAACCUGAAACUGAGGCGCCUUUAGAAGAAGUACCAGUGGAACAAACUCAAGAAGACGUUUCGCAGGACAAAGAAAUAUCCUCCACCGAUUCCACAACUGAUCCUGAUGCAGAAUCCAAUAGUAUACAGUACAGAAGCGCCAUUAAAAUUGAAGAAAACAGCGUUCUUUUGCACAUUGCGGGCGAGCUGGUUGAAAUUAAUGUCAACAUACAGAACGGUAAAAAAGUUAUUACAGUCGUACCGAUUUCUGACACCACAGUAGUUGACUUUAAUGACAACUAUGAAACUGUUCAAGAGAAUGUCCAGGAAGACCAAGAAAUUAUUGAGGAAGUCGCCGAGGAUAAAACUGAAGAUGGGGACAAAACCGAAGAGAUCGUAGAACCAAAGAUGGAUGAUUUAGAGAUGGUGGUUGCUGAAGCUGAAGCUGGAGUUGUCGAAGAGGUUGUAGAAAAUGUGGCUAAUGAGGAAACAAUUAUGGAUGUUCAAGAGGAUGUGGCACAAAUGGAGGAAGUAUCGUUGGAUGUUAAAGAAGAAAUCGUCGCACCAGAUACUAAAACUGUAACUUCAGAGGCUGAAACAAUUGAAUUACCUAAAACUGAAGAUGUUAAAGUAGAAACAACGACUGAAAGUGAAAAUAAAGAUGACUCUAGUCUUCACCAACAAGUAAAUACAUUGGAUUUGGAAGAAACCAAAAUUGUACCUCCAGAACAAACAGUUCAAAGAGAAAACGAUACAAAAGAAGCCAAACCUGAAAAGGUCAAACAAACUGAAACUAUCACAAACGAAGAACUAAAGCCGGAAGUAGAUUCUGCAAAGGAUUCGGAGUUUGUAGAUCUCUCAAACGAGAUAAUUAUAGGAGAUGAAGGUUUGGAACUGGAGGUGGAGAUGGACUUGCAAAACGACGUGAAUGAGGACAGUUUCGAAAGGAACGUAAUAUGUACCAAAGCAGCCAAAAAGGCCUACGACGCCGAGUUUUUGAACACCGUCAAGGAGAAAAAGACUAAAACUAACCCCAGUGAUGAUCACAAAAAGAAAAAGAUAACCAAAGAUGACAGUCAAAAGAAUAAGGACGAAACCAAGCGGGAGAAACGUCCCAAAACAACAGACGAGAAAAGCAAAAAGGAAGAGGUGAAAAAACCCAAAGAACCAAAGAAGCAAAAAUCGGAACCCAAGGCCGAUGAGGACGAUGAUGAGGAACAUGUUAGUUUUAAGGAGUUGUUAAAGGCUAGGAAGUUGAAGAAACUGAAGAAACUCCAGGAGAGCAUGAACAACAAACCUGUUGAAUCUGAACCGGUGACCAAGAAGGAAGAAAAUGACUUCAAACAACCGUUGAAAAAGGAAGAAAAGGAACCGGCGUGUAAGGAAGAAGACUCGAAAAACUUAGAAGGAAUUUUGAAAAAGGAAAGUAGUCCUCCAAAGCCGGUACGUAAAGUUUCAUUUUCCGACGAGCCUAUUGACAAAAAACUUGAUGAAACAGAGGGUAAGUGUAACGAUUUGAACAAGAAGAAGCGGCUCAGUUUAGAAGACUACAACAAUCGUAAACGGAAGUUGUCACCUAAAGAAGAGGUGAAGAAAAUUCUGGUUGAAGCUGAUUUAACCAGCAUACACUUAGAAGUCAAGAAGCGUCCCAAGUCGUUAGAAGAGUUGAGUUGCGUUGUUAAAGAACCUAAACGUAAGAUGAGUUUGGAAGAAACGUCAACGAGUAAUAAUUUUUAUAACGACUGGGAGGAGACGCUAAGUCCUAAGUCCACUGAAGUAGACUCGAAUCUUCUUAGUACUUUCACAGGUGUCCUGUCAACUGAAUCACAACCCGUCAAACAUCCAGACGUGAACGGACGCAAGGACGAACUGCAGAUGGUCAAGGAGCAAGUCGACUCAAAACUAAGUUCGUUGAAUUUGAACAUACCAAAGAAGAGCAGUGCUCAAACGCUCAGAAGCCAAAUAUGUGCCUUGGAAAAGAAAAUUAACAGUUUCCCGUUGACGCCGAAGGACGUGAACGAAAACCACAUGCUCAUGAACCGGUUCUUGAACAAGGACUACCUGACUGAAGACGAGAUGAAGAAAAUCAAACAGAUCAUCCAAUACAAGCGGAUGGUGGAGCACAUGAGCAAACUGAAGUCGAUGGAAAACGGCGACAGUUACGAGAUCAGGAAGGAGAUGGACGAGGAUUUGAAGCUGCACUUGAAGAAAAUCCCCGACGAGUAUCACAAGAAGAGGAAGAGGAGGUUCAGGAAUUUGCACGCCGCCGAUUCCGACUCGGACUACGAGAUCAACAGCGGGGAUUACUCGGUAGUGCAGCAGAGCUGUCACUUCACCGGCGUGCCGAAGCUGAUCAUCAAAAGGAAGACGGACAUUACGCAACCGGUCGUUCGAUUGGAACGACUGGACAUGAACGUGAUCAAGAAAAGCAAAUGGUUUUAGGGGCCAACAUGUUUUCGUUGAGUUUUUUCAUAGUUUACGAUUGUUUUUUAUUGUUGUAUAUAGUUUCGCGUGAGAUGAAUUAUUUAUUGCGUUCGGAUCUCCGGUUGUUGCAUUCCGUGUGGGUUUAUUAUUUCUGAUUUUAGGUUUUCGUUUUAUUUUUAUUUUUUGGGACGUCCGUUCCAGAUUGAUAUUAAUUGUAAUUGGUUGUUCUUUUGUGUGCAAUGAAAGAGUACAAUUGGUUGAAAUAUAACAAGAAAUAUAUUAAUUCGUUGAGCUACAGUAUUAAAAAAAUAUGCCUUUUAAAAAAAGAAUUUUAAUAUUUAUAGAGAGUGAACUAUUUUUGAAACAGUGAAUUCGUUUUACAUUCCUCAAAGUUAUAUCUCAUAGUUUAAGGUGUGAUAUAUUUACAAUAUACAUAGUGUUUAUAUAGGCGGUCUCGAAUAACCGUUUGAGACUUGCUGUAAUUUUUUUUUGGUUUGCCUUUUGUAUAUAAUUUGGGUUUUUUUGUAUAAAAUCAUAGAAAAACUUGCAGGGUGUCCGUAACUAGUCUUUAUUUGUACAUAAUUUUGUUAUCCAUUAAGAGAUAUCGUUUCCAAUUGUAAAUUUUAUCUUAAAAUUUUAUUUAAAAACCCCAUAGAUAUACAACGGUUUUUCUAUGGUUGUAAACAACAAUAGUUACCAGCACUGAAACGUUGUUUUUUGUACACCGAAAGUUGCCUCAAUGUGAAAUAAAUGAAGAGUGUAAAAUUUAGUAAUUAAGAUAUAAAAAAAUAAUAUUUGGGACAUAUCAUUCAGUGUCUUUUCAAAAGUGUCUUAGAAAAUUUUUCGGGUGAUGUUUUUACGACGUGUACAAAACCUAGAUGUUAUUUUUUUUUUGAGUGCCUUGUUGUGCACAUGACUGUUGAAUUUUUGUACCAAAUCGGUAUGUUUGUAUAUUUUAAGCACUUGUGUUUAUAAAAAUGUUAGAAAAAAUAA